UCAAGUAUUUUAUGCUUUACAGGUAUUUUAAUGGUUAGAAAAGAUAUUUUUAGUUUAUUUUUCUUUGUAAUCUGGCAUAAAUCAUACUUAGCUGAAGUUUUUCCAACGCUUGAUAACAUUUACCUUGAUAGAGUAAACAUGAAUAAAGAAAAUCCUUCUGAAAAUGCAAAAUCAAUUUUUGAUUUUACUGUGCUGGAUAUUGAUGGAUCUAAAGUUUUAAUGUCAACAUACACUGGCUUUGUUACUUAUAUAGUUAAUGUUGCUUCAGAAUGAGGUUUGACUGCGAAGAACUACGCUCAGAUGAUUGAGUUACAUAACCGUUAUUAUGAGAAAGGUCUUCGCAUUCUUGCAUUUCCAUGCAAUCAGUUUGGUGGGCAGGAACCUGGUUCAAAUGCUGAAAUAAAAGAAUUUGCAUUAAGUAAAGGUGUACCUUUUAAUUUAUUUAGCAAAAUUGAAGUAAAUGGUGCGAAUGCGCACCCACUUUUUGUUUAUUUAAAAAGCAAAGCAGGCGGUUGGUUUGGAAGUAGUAUCAAAUGGAACUUUACAAAGUUCUUGUGUGAUAGAAAUGGAAUACCUGUGAAGCGAUACUCACCUACUGACAAUCCUUUUGAUGCUGAAAAAGAUAUCGUUUUUGAGCUUCAACAAAACAAAUCAGAGCUAUAAAUUUAUUUUUUUUAUUUGUAUAAUAUUCAAACUUUUUAGUAAUUUUUGUUUUUUAUUUUUAAUUUAAUUUUGAUUGUUGAAAUAUUUUAUUAUAUUUUCAUUUGAUGAGAAUGCAGCAGGUAUUUUAUUAUUUCACUGUUUUUAUUUUUAUUUACAACAUCUUAAUUUAUUGAAAGAGGUUAGAAAUUUUUUGUUCCUUAACUAAUUGAAUAAGUAAUAUGAUCUAGCAUGAUCCAGGAGUUUGUUCACCAGGUAGUAGCUAUGGUAAAUCAUAUCUAUAUUUGAUUUUGACUGAUUUCAAUUUAUAUAUUUGAUUUUGACUGAUUUUAAUUAAAAUAUUGAUUCAGAUUAUAAUAUAUUUUCAUUUGAUGAAAAUACAGCAGUUAUCUCAUUAUGAGUUUGCUGUAUUUGAUGUAUUAUGAAAAAUAUUUUUUGUUAUAUUUUAUGUAAUAUUUUUUUCCAAGAAAACUAUAAAAGAUAGAUAAUAAGAAAUUUA